GUCCCCGAACCAAAUUUCAAAAGGAAAGCCUUCCCACCGCAGCCACACCCUACCCCGCACGCGCCUUCAAACCCUAGCUAGCUAGCUAGCUCCAUCCCUCCUCCUCCCCAUCCCAUGGCGUCUCCGCGCACGCCCGACUGCGCCCGCGGCCUCAACUUCGCCCCCGGCGACGCCGACCUCAUAACGAUCUACCUCCACCGCAAGAUCUCCGGGUCCCCGCUCCCCGCCGCCGCCGCCUGGUACAUCCACGACGCGGACGUGUACGCGGCCGAGCCCGCCGCGCUCGUCACCGGCCUCCUCCCCGCCUCGGCGAGGGACGACGGGGAGGGCAGGGAGUGGUACAUCUUCACCUCCGUGCGGGCCCAGAGCAGCCGGGACGUCCGCAGGUGCCGCGCCGUCGCGGGUGGGGUCGGCACCUGGCAUUCCGAGAAGGCGCGGUGCGGCGUGCUCGACGGGGGCGGCGCCCUCCUCGGGUACCGCCAGCCCUUCACCUACGAGCCCAAGAACGGCUGGCUGAUGCUCGAGUUCAGCCAAGAAGACGCCCGCCGCGGCGAGCCGAUGCCCGUCCUCUGCAAAAUCUACCAGAAGCGUCGUGCAGGCCGGUCCGCCUCGAAGCCCAUCUCGUCUGGGUCGUCGUCGAUGUCGGGAUCCACAUCCAAGAGGAAGGCGGCGGCCGCGGACGAGCGCUCCGGCGAGGGUUCCUCGGCCCGCGUGAGGCGAUGCCUGCAGUUCCGCCUGCUUCCUGCCGCACCAAAUCCGCCCACACUGGCUGCUACAUGGGAGAUUCCAGUCGAUCGGCCGCAGGCAGAGCAAGAACCAGGGGACCAGCAAGAACCGCUGGCACGCAUAGCACCCAGAGCCACACCGCUGAUUUCCAGCUCCUCCAUGACCGCCGACCACGCCCUGACCUUCGACCGCACCACCUUCCUCCACUCCGCCCAAGAUUGGCCCACGCCAGCGAAUUCGGACCUGAGCGAAGCACCACUGGGCAAUUACAAGCUCGUCUCAACAGCCACCUCCGAGCUGACCUGCUACAAUGCCACGACACCCUUGAGCGAUAACACCGGCGCUUGGGCCUUCCAGCAGUCCCCCCUGACCACCUCCUAUGGCACCACCUCCCUCCUCCCUGGCCAAGAUUGGGCCACGCCAGAGUCGUCACAAGUCAGUGAGGCAUCGACGGUGGAGAGCUACAGCUACUUCUCGCCUGACCAGGCCACAUCCAGGCCCACCACACAGCCGAUCAGCAAAUCUUGGUCCUUCGAGCAGUGCAGCGAGCUAUCGGCAAUUUUCGGGGCUUGAUUGAAUGCUUUGACGCGCUUCCACGAUAGGCUGAGAGGAGUGUGGGUCUGCCUCCUCUAGUUUGUAGGGAUUUUUGGCCAUUACUCGAUUGUUCUUGCUGGACUCGUUCAGCAGCAACUCUGCUUUUUGAUUGAACUGAGGCUUGGUUCAGUUAACUGACAUCUUAGCGGUACUUCGGUGAUGUAACUGGGAUGCACACAGCACACGUAGCUGUGGAUCCUUCGUUGUGCACUCUUCCUAUAGCUUUUUCCAUA